AUUGUUUUCCUUUUUCGUGUAAGAAUUGCUAUGAAGGAGUGGUCAAACGGGUAACUACAAAGAGAAUGCCAGCUUUGUGUAUGCGAUGUGAGUUGUUUUCCUUCGCCUUAUUUUGUGUUCAAAGGACCCCACGAGUCCGCCAUAGCCAGGCUGAUCCCACCCAAUAAUUGGACUCCCAUGGCAAUUAAUAAGACUGCAACUAUUAAUAUCCUCCAGUUCUACCGCCUGCCUGCAAGAUUGAGCCUAAUCUUAGAUUAUUCUUAAUCUCUGAAUUCUCCACUAAUCUUUGCCAAAACCACUACUAUAUAUCCGUUCAUAUGCAAGCUUUGGUCAUCAAAGUUUUCCAACUAUCAACCACCCCAAUGACUUUGACAUGUAUGAACCCCAAUUUAUUCAACCCAGACAUAUCAAGGUUUCAUUCCUGAAAAAGACUUUGAAAACUCACCUCAGCUAACUUCCAAUUGUACUAGGGGGGAGUUCUUUUCACAAAAAGAGGAGAGGGGAGAAGGAAGAUAAUAUUUGCUAGAGAGCACACACCUGAUUGGGCUUGAAAUGGGCAACCACUGCCAUGUGGCACUUGAAAGCCACAAACAAAAUCUGAUCCUUGUGAAACAAGAAGUCAAUUAUUCACGGGUACCGCAGAAUUCUUUUUAGUUUCUUGUACCUGGUUUCGUUGGAGGUCCGAAUAGAACAGAUAUGGUGGUGGCUUCACCAAACCCAAUUCGGGCUGAAAAGGUCCAACCCAUUGAGCUUCCUGUCAUAGACCUUUCAGCUGAGAGAUCAGAGGUGUCAAAGCUCAUUGUAGAAGCUUGUGAAGAGUAUGGUUUCUUCAAGCUGAUCAACCAUGGAGUCUCUGACAACAUCAUUGCCCAAAUGGAAGAAGAAGGUCUCAACUUCUUCACAAAGCCGCUCUCCGAGAAACAAAGAGCUGGGCCUGCCACUCCCUUUGGCUAUGGUUGCAAGAACAUUGGCUUCAAUGGUGAUAUUGGAGAAGUUGAAUACCUUCUCCUCGAUACCAACCCUCUCUCCAUUUCCCAGAGAUCCAAUACCAUCUCCAAUGACCCCAACAAGUUCAGCUCUGCUGUGAUUGGUUACAUACAAGCAGUUAGGGUGUUGGCAUGUGAGAUCUUGGAUCUGAUGGCAGAGGGAUUGUGGGUCCAGGAUUCAUCAGUGUUCAGCACGAUGAUCAAGGACGUCGAAAGUGACUCGCUUUUCAGGCUCAAUCACUAUCCACCCAUUCUCUGCAAGGAUAGGGAAACGUCACCCUCCUCAUUUCAUAGUCACAGCAGCAGCAAGGUUGGAUUUGGGGAGCAUUCCGACCCUCAGAUAUUGACCAUCCUGAGAUCCAACGAUGUGGGUGGCCUGCAAAUUUCUCUGGGUGAUGGGGUGUGGGUUGCCGUCCCCCCUGACCCCACGGCCUUUUGUGUGAAUGUGGGUGAUGUUUUACAGGCUAUGAGCAAUGGGAGGUUUCUGAGCGUGAGGCACAGAGCCUUGACCAAUUCCUGCAAGUCUAGAAUGUCAAUGGCCUACUUUGGGGCACCGCCACUCCAUGCUUGGGUCACUGCUCCCGCAGAGUUGGUCACACCCAACAGGCCUUUGCUGUACAGGCCUUUUACCUGGGGUGAAUACAAGAAAGCUGCAUAUUCUCUCCGGCUCGGAGAUAGCCGCCUUGACCUUUUCAGAACAGCGCAACAGUAGAGAAUGAACCAGUUGCUUGAUAGAGUUCACAUUGUCUUUUGCAGUCUGGAUGGGGGAAUUUUGACUGUAAUCCUUCACAAUGUAUUCCUAUACUUGUUGUUUGGGACGGGAGAAAUGGUUUAUGUUAAUUAUAUUAGUGCAAUUUAGCCAUCAGUGAAAAGUUCUCUUUUCCAAGCUUUCUGGUAGUCUGUUGUGCAGUUGAUUCUCGAGUUUGCCUCAUGACUAGUUAAACACACUACUACAAGUAACCUUGAAAAGUUGAUCCCCACAUUGCUGUCAUCAAAAAAGAAUGGUCCUGAUCGAGAAAGGGUCGACAUCCGCAAAGAGAGAAAAAGGCUAUGGCUAGGCCAUGCUAAAUAUGCAGAAUGCCGACUGCUGUGUACAUCUCAGUGGAGGAUGAGAUGACCUUAAGAUCAGGGAAUGCCAUAGUGAAAAGGACAGCAUGGGGGACCAAAAAGAUUGUUGCAUCAAGCAAUUAGUAUGGGUGUUCAUUCCAGUUUCAAGGGUCUGUCUGUCAAGAGACCAUAAAGUUGAAGCUACUAUGUGGCUCACAGAAAGAGAUGGUUUUAGCCAACCUGUCAUCCUGUCCUUGGCCGAGUUUGUCUAUGAAUCAACCAAGAAGAUGUUAGUAUUCCAAACACCCUUUCCUAGCCUCGCCAAGGUAUUAAUGGAACUUGGUUUUGGGACUGGUUUUGCUCCUGGCACGAAGGAAAUAAGACAAAAACUGGGUUUUGUGUCAAAAUCCAAAUACAAGAAUGCAACAGGUAUUAAAACCAGACAAUGAAAAAAUGAGGGGCUUAUCAUUAUGGUUGUUGAGUUGGAUUAGACCGUUCACUUUUAAGAAAAUUAGUUUGCUGGUCCACUAUUGUUCUGGACGUGGGGGCAUGCAUUCAAGCCACUUUUCCACAUUGAAAGUAUAAUGCAUUAUAGUUUAGAUGCUUAGGAUUCGAUUUGAUGUUUCGGUUCAAGUGUUCCAGAUAUGUAGUCGACAUGGAUUCAUGCAGAGAUGGUAGGGUAGGUUUCUGUGACGCGAGGAACCCAUGCACAAAAAGGGCCCUAGCUCUCAGGUCUCACUGUGGGCUUUGAGCCGUUUGAUAACGGCGCAGUUAGACUCAUUUUCAGAUUGGACUCCAAAUUGAAUUUGGGUUCAUUCUCUCUGGCUUCCUCUCCUAUUAUGUCAAAACUUGGAAUCGAGACAUGGCAUCCUUCAUAUCAAAACUUGCAAUCAUGUCUGAACAAAGUCAAAUGCAAACGCUUUAUAUCGAAACUUAGAAGCUUUCAGAGCCUAAUCUCAAUUUUCCUUCAAGCUCCUGCUACUUCCUUAGGAUCCCUUGCAAUUUGAAUCCUGUUUCAGAAGGAAAAAGAAGAAUGAAAGCGGAUGGUGCAUGCUGUUCACAGUUCGAUGCCACUGGACCAUGCAAUAAAUUGAAGUGGAGAAGACUUUGCGAAGCAUCCUCAAAACUUUAUAAGGAAUUCUGACAUGAUCUCGUGAUAAAAUGGUACCAAACCGGAUUUAAUUUUGAUCAAAUUCUCGUCAAGCACUUCCAAGCAAAAACAGAUAAAAUGGGGAGAAUGUCGGGCCUUGCACUUUAAAAGUAGACAUAUGUUCCUCUACCAAAACGUAAAUCUAUCCGUCCGAAAGA